AUGAAUUCCAUCUCCGUCAUACCUUCGGAUAUCCCGUGGAUUUCCAUGUUGGCACGGCAACACAUUGGGACGUGGCCGUCACGUUGCGUUACGCUCCACUUUCAGAGAAACGGGGAAAUCACCGGUUCAAUCUGAGAUUCUGACCUCUCCCAUGUGUAGCGGCCCGUCAGUUUCUGUGAUCCACAGGAUAUCUGGUGAUUGACACUUUUAGCCCUCCCAUGUCAUUUUCCCCUCACAUGAUCAUUCAUCAAAUGUAGCUGAUGUUUUGUCCUCACAACGAAAAGGAUACGAUCCAUAAAAAUGAGACAAUUAUUUAUGAACUAGAAUAUUAGAUCGCGUGAUUUGCAUCUGAUUUUCGUUGACUUUCGUCUCGUUUUCAUCUCACGCAUGCACACAGAGUCUCAUGGCGAAGCUCGAGGGAGAGUCCGCGCAGCCAAGUGGUGGCCAUGGAGAUCAUGAUGAAUGGGACGAGUGGGAUGAAUGGAUGGGCUUCGAAGGAGGAACCCCUAUCUUCUUUACGCCUUCCUAGCUCUUCACAUAAUCUGAUGACCAUUGUCUUAGCUCAAAUCAUUUCAUGUAAAACUGUACAUUUGGGAGAAGAAAACUAAUGUUACUGGAAAUAUCAUACGGCUUAUGAAGGUUUGACAUUUUAUUUUUGGUCGUCCCUCAAAUAAUGCUCAUAUCCAUGGUUUUAUGAUCGUUCCAUCCUUGUAAAGAUUGUAAAGUGAGCUAUUACUCCCAUAUCAUUUUUAUUUUAAUUAAUUAAUUUGUUGAUGACGAAAGUAUCCUAGCGCUAA